GUGGUUGCUAUGGAGACCGGGGUUUUCCUCUAGCACCGGAAGCAGAAUGAGUCCUCCCUUUCACUUCCGGGUGGCUGGUAUGUAAGUGGGGGUUGAGCAGAAAGCCGGUUUUGACAGAUGCCUGGAACCGAAAUAUCCGGAGAGAGGAGAAAAUGAGUUCCUCAGGGAAGAGAAGAGGAAGACCAAACAGAGGAGGAGGAAGAGGAGGAGGAAAAGGAAGGGGAGGAAGAAGUGGUGGACCUAGCAAACAUCAAGCUGGUGGCGGCAGCAAAAAGGGUUCGGACAAGAUUUGGGAUGAUGAUGAUGACUUUUAUGUUCCCACUGGAGCAAGAAAUGUAGCCAGUACUGUUGACAGAGGUAAUGGACAGACCAGACAUGUAUCGAAAGCCAAGACGCCUCUGCAGACACUGCACAUGACUUCAGAGAAUCAGAAGAGGGUGAAAGAACUGCUCCGUGAGCUCCAAGGGCAAGACCUGGCUGCUGGCUCAGAGAUGCCAGAUUCAGGUGAAGAUGAGUGUGAUGAACCAGACUACUUGGAUGACGAGCAGUACCAGUCGGAUGGCCAAGGAAUUUCUAAAACUAUCACAAGUGCUUUUUCUCAACCCCCAGUAAGCCAUGUUCCAGAGACUGAAGUGUCUUCAUUUGCUGUGCAGAAACUUUCCAGGUAUGGUUUUGAUAGUGAACAUUGUCGAGCAGUGCUGAAAUCCUGUAAUGGUAACAUUGGGGCAUCGCUGGAGCACUUGCUGUUGCAGUGCUUCUCGGAAAAAUUCGGAGAGAGGAUGCAGCUCACAGAAAUGUCUGCUCAGGCUAGUGCUGAAGACUGUCUGGAGCAAAGACAAGAAGAGGCUUUUGCCCUCCAUUCAAUUUGUGGAGACAAAUUUGUGGAGAGGAUUCAGAACAGAGUUUGGACUAUUACGUUAGACUUGGCGUACCUCACAGAUAUUCUCAGCAAGCCAAAACAAGGGAAUAGCGACGCCAGUAAUGGACCAAAUUCAGUUCCCAUGGAAGUCUGUAAGCAUUACCUUCGAGGAGAGUGCAGGUUUGGAUCCAGAUGCAAAUUCAAGCAUGAAAACCCAAGCAAGCAAAAAACACUUCCAAGCAUCAAAGAAGAUGGUCAUCUUAGACUUAAUGCUCCUGUAUAUGAACUUGAAGUCAGAUUUCCUGAGGAUAACAAAUACCCCUACCAACCACCCCUUGUGGCACUCUAUUCUACUAAUGAGAAGCUGCCUCUGGCUUGUCAGUUGCACAUUGCUGAAUUCCUUUAUGAAAAGGCCUUGCUAGCAUCCGAGUCAAACGAACCUGUUGUUUAUGCUUUAAUAACGUGCUUAGACGAUGAAGCUGAAGUCAUGAAACUGCUCAGUAAGACUUCCCACAAAUACAGUGUUGCUCCUUUGCCUCUGAUGUCGCCCUUGGGAAGAACACCAGCAGAUACUGAUAAGCAAGGGCUUCUUAAUAGCUCAUGUGUUGCAUAUCAGGUAUCGGAAGCCACAAAGGAAUUGGUAAUUGAAGAGGGAGAGGACGAUGAUGACGAAGAUGACGAUGAGGAACUACAGACAGUUCACAUAGAGAGUGAGAGUUAUGUGAACCUCAAAAAGAAGCUUUUGAGAAAGUACAGUGCUCCAGCAAAGCCCAUUGACAAAGAAAAUUUUAAGAUUUGCAAACAAUUCAAAAUUAAAAAGUCUUCUAGACACUACCAGGCCAUGUUGCAAGAACGACAGAAGCUUCCUGCUUGGGAAGAGAGAAAAACCAUCCUUGGCUUGCUGAACAGAAAUCAGGUCCUGGUUGUGAGUGGGAUGACUGGAUGUGGAAAAACCACUCAGAUUCCUCAGUUUAUCUUGGAUUCAUCACUAGAAGGCCCUCCCAGUCAGUUAGCCAACAUAAUCUGCACCCAGCCUCGCAGGAUUUCUGCCAUUUCUGUGGCUGAACGUGUAGCCAAGGAACGAACAGAGAGAGUUGGGAUCACAGUUGGAUACCAGAUCCGGCUAGAAAGUGUAAAGUCUUCUGCUACCCGGUUAUUAUACUGUACUACUGGAGUGCUUCUGAGAAGAUUAGAAGGGGACAUGACUUUACAAGGAUUCACCCAUGUUGUUAUUGAUGAGGUCCAUGAGAGAACUGAAGAAAGUGACUUCUUGCUGCUGGUUUUGAAGGAUAUAAUGUUAAAGAGGCCAGACCUACGCAUUAUACUAAUGAGUGCUACCUUGAAUGCUGAACUUUUCUCUCAGUACUUUAACUCCUGUCCCGUUGUUAACAUACCAGGUAGAACAUUCCCUGUUGAUCAGUUUUUCCUGGAAGAUGCAAUUGCAGUAACUCGGUAUGUCUUGGAUCAUGGCAGUCCAUACAUGCGCAGUGCGAAACAAGCUCCAGGCAAGAAAGCACGACACUCGAGGACUGCUGCAGAAGAGGUGGAGGAAGACCUCAGGCGUGCUGGCCUGGGGCAGUGUGCUGUGCAGGCGACGGGGACAGUCAAGGAUUCGAUGCCAGACCAGCAGUUAACAUUCCAGCAGUUACUAGUACGCUACAAAGGGCUUAGCACAUCAGUGUUAAAAACAAUGGUAUCCAUGGACCUAGACAAAGUCAAUCUUGAAUUAAUUGAGGCCUUAUUGGAGUGGAUCGUCAGUGGCAAACACUCGUAUCCACCAGGUGCAGUGCUGAUAUUUUUGCCUGGCCUGGCAGAGAUUAAAACGCUGUAUAAGCAGCUGCAGUCUAAUGUGCUCUUCAAUAACCGGCACAGCAAGCGCUGUGUUGUUUAUCCACUCCAUUCUUCACUUUCCAGUGAAGAUCAGCAGUCUGUCUUCCUUAAGCCUCCUCCAGGGGUUACCAAGAUCAUCAUAUCUACAAACAUUGCAGAAACCUCCAUUACCAUUGAUGAUGUGGUGUAUGUGAUCGAUUCAGGGAAGAUGAAAGAAAAGAGGUAUGAUCCAAGCAAAGGCAUGGAGAGCCUGGAGGAUACAUUUGUGUCCAAAGCCAAUGCCUUGCAAAGGAAAGGGCGAGCAGGCCGUGUAGCUUCUGGGGUUUGCUUUCAUCUCUUCACUAGCCAUCACUAUCAUCACCACCUUUUAAAGCAGCCAUUGCCUGAAAUACAAAGAGUGCCUUUGGAGCAGCUCUGCCUCAGAAUUAAAGUCUUGGAAAUGUUCUCCACGCAAAGCCUCCUGUCAGUCUUAUCACGAUUGAUUGAGCCACCAACAACGGACUCUCUCCGUGCAUCAAAGUCACGAUUGCAGGAUGUAGGAGCCUUAACUUUGGAUGAAGAUCUCACCCCCUUGGGUUAUCAUUUGGCUUCCUUGCCUGUGGACGUGAGGAUUGGGAAGCUAAUGCUGUUCGGCACCAUCUUUCGUUGUCUGGAUCCUGCGCUAACUAUAGCAGCAAGCAGAGCCUAUAAGUCACCCUUUGUUUCUCCCUGGGACAAAAGAGAGGAGGCAUUCAAGAAAAAGUUGGAAUUUUCAAUAGGAAAUAGUGAUUAUCUGGCUCUCCUUCAAGCAUAUAAGGGAUGGCGCCUCUCUUCCAAAGAAAGCUUUCAAGCAAGUUACAACUUUUGCAGGCAAAAUUUCUUAUCAGAAAGUGUUCUUCAGGAAAUGGCCAGUUUAAAAAGGCAGUUCACUGAACUGCUGUCUGAUAUUGGAUUUGUGAAGGAGGGACUGAGAGCCAGGGAUAUCGAGAGGAAGUGGUCUCAAAGAGGUGAUGGUGUUCUGGAUGCUACAGGAGAAGAGGCAAAUGCGAAUGCAGAGAAUGUCAAGUUGAUAUCAGCAAUGCUGUGUGCUGCUCUGUAUCCCAAUGUAGUUCAGGUGAAAAUACCAGAAGGGAAGUAUCAGAAGACCAGUACUGGAGCUGUGAAAAUGAAACCAAAACCUGGGGAGCUGAAGUUCCUUACAAAAAACGAGGGCUAUGUUCACAUCCAUCCAUCCUCUGUAAACUACCAGACGAGGCACUUUGAUAGCCCCUACUUGGUAUAUCAUGAGAAGAUAAAGACCAGCCGAGUGUUCAUUCGAGACUGCAGCAUGGUGUCUGUGUACCCACUCAUCUUGUUUGGAGGAGGCCGCAUUAAUGUGCAUCUUCAGAAGGGCGAGUUUGUUGUUUCCCUUGAUGACGGCUGGAUUCGCUUUGUUGCAGCCUCACACCAGGUGGCAGAGCUAGUGAAAGAACUUCGCUGUGAGCUUGACCAGCUCCUCCAAGAUAAAGUGAAAAACCCCAGCAUGGACUUAUGCACCUGCCCUCGAGGAUCUCGUAUCAUCAGCAUGAUUGUCAAGCUUGUGACCACACAAUAAUCACUGAAGACUUUGUUACAGACUCACUAACAACAGUUGCUUGGAUACAGAAUAAUGGGGCUAUUGACUAAAGCAUCACUGAUGUUCUGUUGAUGAUAUAACCAAAAGGCAGUUAAGAAGCAAUCCCAAAAGCCCUAAUGAGUUAAUGGGACUAGAGAAAUAAGUGUUUUUAGGAUCAUGGUGGAAAUUGAUACAUUAGUUUGCACAGGAAAGCAUGCAAAUUUGAAGGAAAACCUAUAUAUUUUCUUCCUAGAAGCACCCUUCUAUGGAGCAAGGAGAAUACAGUUUCUCAUUUAGAUAAAGGAAACUCCCAAAUGCUGCAAAAAUAUCAAUUCUAAUUAUUCUCAUAUGUGUUCUCUUUUGUCACUAUUUUUGUCCAAUAAAACUUUUUGACUUUC